AAAUUCCUGUGACACAAACCCUUAUCAAUAAAGGUCUCAUCCUAAAAGAAAAUGUAACACAGUUACAUUCAAUUCUAAUUCAGAAAUGCAUUUACUCUUUAAAAAAGUAUCAAUAUAGGAAACUAUGGAAAGCAUUUUAGUUUUGAAAAUGUAAAAAACAACAAGAGAGGCCAUGAUUAGUUACAAAUAAUUUCUUAAUAAACAGAGGGAAAUGAAUAUGUCAGCAAAACUACUCCUUCACACUGAUCUAAGACCUUUCUUUUAGUCUUAUUUCUAUUCAAAUGACCAGAAAAUCUAACUACAGAUGGAUUUGUGUAAGGCAGCUUGUAUGAACACCAAGACAUUCAGGCCAUGAAAUGCGGAGACACUAAGGCUGGAUGGAGUAGGUGGGUGACAAUGCAAACUUGCAGUCUUCAAUGCUGCCAUGGCGACCAAGCCAACAGUCCAAAACAGACUGGUCUUUCAUGUGAUCAUGGUUACGCCCACCAGUGGACUGGGGUUAAUGUCAAGAUCAGGGUGUAGGAAUCGCUGUCAUUUUUUCUGUCCUCUUCCUGUUUGUGUUUUUCUUGUCUAAUGUCACAGCCAGCUUGUUCCCUGCGUUUUGUUGCACUGAUUUCACUGAAGACGCAUAUCCGAUUUUAUCAAAUCCCUCGGUGAAGGCAUUUUCCAAUCACAAUGUUUUGUACCUGACUUCAUUUAUUGCGUUCACCGUUUCCCCGAAGCACUGUAUAUCAAAACUACAAACUGGCUUGGAAACAUGUCAAAACAUCCUUUCAGUUAUGCAAAGACCUAAAGUAAAUUCCCUAAGGACAUAUUGCGUGCCGUUGAUGCUUAGACACAGAACAUAGAUCUAAAUAUGAAGCUCUAAAAUUUGUGACAGUGAGAAACUUUCAUUUUCUUAGAACACUCAUCGUCCCUUGAUAAUGUUAGGAUUAAAUAAUAAUCCAGCCAGUUGUAAUAUGUUCAAAAUAAAUGUAAUAAAUUUCUAAUUAUAUUUUUUUGUUUUUUCCUUCUGCAAACACAUACCUUGUUGCUUUUCCGAAUUACUGUAUUUCCCCUUCACAAACAAAAAGAGCCUGCAUGCGUAUAAAAAACCCCCCAAAAAAACAAACAAAAAACGUGCAUACAAGCAGGAAAAGAAAUAAAACGCCAAGCACCACUUCAAGAAAGCAGCAGUCCGGCUAGUCGCGUGAGACGCAGGCUGUGCGAAGUGUUCGUUAUUCGCUGUCACGUGGUCGCGUUGAACCCUAAAGAUGUGGUCUGCGACUCUGCUGGUCGACCAUCUGGAUUACGCUGCUCAUGGACUCGGGUGGACUUAAGAUCCGCGAGUUUCUGGGAGUUUCUAUGGGGACAUUUAACGAGAUGAGUUCCGAGGAAGGACGGAGAAAAGAUAACCUGAAGUGUCUAUCCUACUGCUCUGUUCUUUAAGUGGAUUUUCCAAAUAUUUUCUCGUGCCGCCUCAGUGACACCUGCUCGCCGACCUCUCAUUGAUCCGCUCUAACUCCUGAUACCUACAGGUGCAGCCACCACUAUGGCACCUCCACAUCCCCCUGACCUCCGCCUCACCCUCCUCCUGUUUCUGCAUGUCUGGCUUGGCUCCCCCCAGAGGCCACAGUGGCCUCUGCAGCGUGUGCCUGUGGUCCUUCCCCAGCACAUUGAGGAGCGACCACCCCCUCACUUCCUUGCACCGGCGCAUCUGGACGUGACCUCCUCCUGCAGCCCUGAGUGUCACAAGCAGGCUCCAACCCCUACAUACUGGGACCUGCGGCACUUCCUGUCCUACGAGACCCUGCACUCCAGUGGCCAGCUGACUGAGACAGUCGUGGGAAUCUAUGGUUUCAACCCAAACACCCUCCACGAGGGCCCCGCUGUGCAGCAAGGGCGGUCCCGGGCCAAGCGCCAGAUCUUUGGGCCUGACGGGCGCUUCAGCAUCGUGGGUCAGGACUUCCUGUUGAACUACCCCUUCUCAACUGCAGUGAAACUGUCCACUGGAUGCUCAGGCACAUUGGUAGGUGAUCGGCACGUCCUCACGGCAGCCCACUGUUUGCAUGAUGGGAAAAACUACGUGAAGGGUGCGCAGAGGCUGCGCGUUGGUUUCCUGAAGCCGCGGCAGAAAGACUCCCAAGUGAACAACAGCACGGGCAAGCUGAAAUCUCCUGCCCAAGAGAAGAUGAAGUUCCAGUGGAUCCGAGUGAAGCGCACACAUGUGCCCAAGGGCUGGAUCAAGGGCAACGCCAACGACAUUGGCAUGGACUAUGAUUACGCCCUCCUGGAGCUAAAGAAAGCUCACAAGCGCCAGCACAUGAAGCUGGGGGUCAGCCCUGCUGCCAAACAGCUCCCCGGCAAACGUGUGCAGUUCUCUGGCUUCGACAACGACCGUCCAGGCCAGCUGGUGUACCGCUUCUGCAAGGCCGGGGACGAGACCUACGACCUACUCUAUCAGCAGUGUGAUGCCCAGCCUGGCGCUAGUGGCUCUGGGGUCUACGCACGCAUGUGGGACCGCAGGCGGCGCCGCUGGGAGCGGAAGGUGAUUGGAGUCUUCUCGGGACACCAGUGGGUGGACCUCAAUGGUUCCCCCCAAGAGUUCAACGUGGCAGUGCGCAUCACUCCCCUCAAAUAUGCCCAGAUCUGCUACUGGAUCAAAGGGAACUAUGUGAACUGCAGAGAAGGCUAAACUAAUGCUAAAGUGUUAUUCCUCCUCCAAGUGCAUCUGUUAGAUUCAUUCAAACAGAAGUUAAUGAUCAUUAAUACACUGUAUGUAAACACUGAAAAAGGAACAUGGAAAACCCCAUUCAUAUAUAAAUGUACAUUUCCUAGUUAUGCUAAUUUCUACCAAUUCAUAUAUCUAGUUACUUUUCUUAACAAAAAGUUUGCACGGUCUUAUUUAGCUUGGAGCAUCCUUUUCCAUAGUCUACAUCCAACUUUAGUUUGUAUUUGCCAAGACAGCAAGCAAAAAUAUAGUUUGUUUAUUAUGACCAAAUUGCAAAAGCCACAUGAAAAUCACAGCACCACUCUUGACAGUACCACGUGCUUAUCAGUCUGCAGACCUCUUCUAUUGAAAGCACUGAAGCAAUUCUGUGGACACUAAGCCUUUGUAACAUACUGUGUAUUUCUGUGAUUUACUGCAUUUAACCAAAUGUGAUCUCUAAUGGUUACAUACAGAUGUUACACAUGCAUGGGUCUUUACUGUAUAUAACCUGUGUCCAUGCGAGUGUCUUUUUGUAUUGUUACCCCCCUCUAGUGGUCAAAGACAGUUCUUUAUAGGAUGGUCACCACACAACACUGGUUCUACCAGCUGUUGGUGAAUGGAUGCUGCCCAUAUACAUGAUCAUAGAUCUGCUUAGUAUCUUUGAUAUAAGGUUUGGAGAUGGUGCUGAUACUAGAUCACUGUACAAUGGCAAAAAUAAGUAUUUAAGUAUAUAGAUCGAGGCGACUCAUUAGCGCUGAAGCACUUUGAAUUUAUAUUGCUAUUUUCAAUGUCAUUAAUAGCUUUUGAUAGCAAGUUACACUGUACUAUAAACACAUUAAAUACACUUGAAUAAGAUUGUGCCAUAA